AUGGACGAAGAGCCGCCAGAGGAUGAGGGCAUUUAUCACUGGGAGGAGUUUAAUCAGGUCCCGAAGAAGUUGACAAAGUACUUUGCUCAAAGACAUGUCUUUUGGGAACGUUAUAAUCAGGGCAUUUGGAUGACGGAGGAAGCUUGGUAUGGUGUCACGCCGGAGCCCAUUGCAAAUACCAUCGCUGUACAUAUCUCAGAAUCCGUGCCAAAAGAGAAGGAUGUGAUCAUUGAUGUCUUCGCCGGUGUCGGCGGAAAUGCCAUCGCUUUCGCCCGCGAAGGGCGCUGGAGGCAGGUCUUCGCCAUCGAGCGCGACUCAGCAACCAUGAAGUGCGCAAAGCACAAUGCGAAGGUCUACGGCGUCGAAAAGAAGAUCGUAUGGAUUCAAGGCGACUGCUUUGAUGUUCUUCAGCAACGAUUCGCCGGCACCCAGAACGCCGUCAUUUUUGCGAGCCCGCCUUGGGGUGGUUCCGAAUAUAACAACGUGGAUGUCUUCGAUCUUUCGAAGAUGCAGCCGUACAAUCUGGACACGCUGUACACGAAUUUCAUUAAGAUUAGCAGUCACCUGAUCCUCUAUCUUCCACGGACGUCAGACUUGAAUCAGAUUGCAAAGUACGCCCCAGAGGGCAAGAAGCUCGAAGUGGCGCAUUAUUGUAUCAAGGGUGCAAGCAAGGCACUUUGCGUCUAUUUUGGAGAUUACAAUUUCCCAGAAGCGGAGGAAGGGGGAGAGGAAGAGGCGGAGGAGGGCGCUAAUGGAGACGGUGAGAAGACAGAUGAGGGGCGGACAGAAGGGUGA